AUGAGUGAUCUGAAGUACUCAUCCUACACGAGGCUGGGCCUGCGGCGGUGGCGACGGCCGGCGAGGGGGUUCCGGCUGAGCCCGACGCGCAUCUCCGUGCGCCGGCUGCGUGCCAAGCUGUGGAAGCUGCUGGGGCUCCUGGGUCACUGCGUGCGCAACCUGCGGCUACUCACGAGGGGCCGGGUGGCAGCAGCAGCGGCAGGUAGCAGCUCGCCCCCUGCCUCUGCCACCGGCAGCAGGAGGUUUCUUGUGGGCGGUCAGAAACGCGCCCUCGCCGGAGGGAAGGGCGGACAGGCCGCCGGGGACGGAGGCAGCAGCAGCAAGCCACAGCGGCGGCCGCCGUGCAUGCGGUCCAACUCGUUCUACGCCCGCGCCGUCGCCGAGUGCCUCGAGUUCAUUAAGGGCAGCAACGCCCCGCCUGCGUCACCAUCGCCGCUGGCGGCCCACGGCACGCCGCGCCGCGGCAGCAGGCAUAUCUGA